CCAGGCUGAUGUCACUCUUUACUUUUGAAAUUUCAGCAAGAGGGCCAUAAGAAAAGAAACAAAAAGGGAAGCGGAGUAAUGGGACUUGUGCUGAGUCCAACACAAAGUCGGAAUGCAUCAUCCUAACUGACAACACUUUGAACAAGUCACUCCAGGACUGACUCUUGCACCGCAUUCCUGUAAAAACGACCAGAAUCGCUUCUACAUUCACUGCAUUCCAAUAUAUGCUGAAAUUCAGCUUUUAUGCAUGAAUAUGAGUGUGGAUGCAUUCAAAACCUGCUGAGAGGUUCUUAUUAAAAGAUGCAGCCAGGAGGUCCUCCUGCACCCCCACCUCCACCCCCACCACCUCCACUUCCUCCGCCACCACCUCCUCCACCUCCAUCCCUACAUGGCCUGGGUCCAAUUUCAAGGUUGGAGCGCCGGCGCUCCAAGAUGCGCAACUUCAACUGGGAGACCCUACCCAAACACACAGUUAUAGGAAAGCACAACAUCUGGACAGCAGAUAAGACUGAUGGGGAAUAUGAGCUGGACACUGAUCAUAUGGAGGAGCUGUUCAGCCACAAGCAGGCCCAGCAGCAAAUCAAAGCUCUGAACCGUCAGAGUCUGAGGGGCCUGCCAAGUUCUGCCACAGCAGGGGAAAUGAUUUCUGUCCUCAGCUCCAAGAGGAGCAUGAACAUUGGAAUUUUCCUAAAGCAAUUCAAGCGGUCUAUAAAGGACAUGAUUGAGGAUAUCAAAUCAGGAAAUGGCCUGGGCUUUGGUACUGGAAAACUGCAGGAAUUAUGCAAGAUGCUUCCGGAUGAAGGGGAGGUAAAGCAGCUGGUUAAUUUCAAAGGUGACAUGUCUGCUCUCCCUGAAGCAGAUCAAUUUAUGUUACUGUUGGUCAAGAUCCCCAGCUAUGAAGAGCGUUUGAGCUGCUUGGUGCUGAAGGAGGAAUUUUUUCCCCUUAUGGAUGAAGUAAAAGAAUUCAUCUGUACUUUGACCACUGCUGGAAGGGAGCUGCUAGAUUGCGAUAAUCUUCAUGCUGUCAUUCGCCUGGUCCUUAAGACUGGAAAUUACAUGAAUGCUGGCGGCUACGCGGGCAAUGCAGUUGGCUUCAAAAUGUCUUCUCUGUUGAAACUAGUGGAUACCAAAGCAAACAAACCUGGAAUGAAUCUUAUGCACUAUGUUGUGAUGCAAGCUCAGAAGGUGGACACAGCACUGCUUAAAUUUCCAGAACAGCUCAAACACAUUGAAGCUGCAGCAAGAAUACAUCAAGGUGACAUUGAAGGGGAGUAUCGAAAGCAAAUAAAGAAAGUGCAAGAUGCCAAUGCAAACACUUUAAAGCAGGAAGACCUAAAGGCACAGAUGGAGGAUUUUCUAAUGGAAGCGGAGGUUUGCUUGAAAGAAGUAGAAACUGAUCUUCAGGAGUUGCAGUCUGUAAGUGACAGAGUGGCACAGUACUUCUGUGAGGAUGCCAAGAAUUUUAAACUGGAAGAGUGUUGCUCCAUUUUCAACUCCUUUUGUGAAAGAUUUUUGCGAGCUAUGCAGGAAAACAAAGCUAGAGAGACUGCAGAGGUGAAACGGAGACACAGAGACAGACUGGAAAUUGCAGCCAAGCGGAGAUCCACAGCUACCUGCUCCAGUAGAGAUAAGGAAAUGGAUAGUGUUGCAUUAGAAUCUGUGCUACAAAACUUUGUCAUCAAACGUGGUUCUAGGAGAAGAGCAGAAAAGCCCUCAUCGACUCGUGGAAGCCCAACUAAUGGUAGUCCCAAUAACGGGAGCCUUUCAGAAAUUACUUCUCAGGAAACCCUUCCCCCAGUAAAUCAAAAGAUUCAAGCCUCAGUUAGAGCUAAGGACAUGGGCAGAAAAGAGUGGAGUUCAGCAGUUGAACUCACUGCGAACUUACGGAACUCGCACAAAGCCCAGUCAGACAUCGAGGACACAAUGGCAGAGAGUGAAAAUUCUAAUGAAGAAGAGAUGAAAACUUCCAAAGAAGAGGACUCUAGAGGACUUAGGAACCCUUUCAAAAGGACUGUUAGACUUAUGACCACAGUUAGAUCUUUUGAUGAUAAUGAGGAAGAUCUGCAAGAUAAUAAUGAGGAGGAGGCCCAACAGCUGCGUGAAGCAUCUAAAAAAGUUUUGCGUUUUCAGAACAGCCGUGGCAGCGUCUCAUCUGGGGACUACUCUCUGGAAAAUCAGAAGUCUCCUCCUCCAAAUGCGCCCAUACGCCGUCAGCUCACAUUUGAUGAGGAAGCGGAUAGGUAUCCUGAUGACCCCAGCAAUGAGGAUUUGCUUCAAGUUUUGCUCAAACCUCAACCUUCCCCUAAACGUAACCUUGGACGCCGCCAUACGCUGCCUACUAAAGUCCCAAAAACCGAGGCAGGGGAAAGUAAUCGGUGGACUGAACUGCCCGUCAGAACUCCAAAUCAUGUGGCUAAAGAAAAAGGGACGAUGCCAGAGCGAGAGGGCGCCGGACACCCUCCCUCCAAACCAGUGUUUGAUUAUACUGACAUUUCUCACAACUUAAAACAAUCAGGUGCUGAAGACACAAAUGACACAUCAGCAGAAAACACAAUCAAGCCACCUGUUUCCUCAGCUCCUGUCAUGCAGCCCACAGACAACGAUGUACAGAUAACUAGUGACACUGUUCCAGCAAGCAGCAAGCCUGUGGUGUUCAAAACUGAGACCACUGGACUAUUUUUUAGUUUUUUAAAACGCCUCGGCGAUAUGAGCAAACUACAGAGCAGCAAGGACACUGUAAAUAAGCCCACAGGCUCUGGUGUUUAGCCUUUGGGAUAUAUUUUUACAUGUAUAAAAGAUAAUUUAUCUAAUUUAAUGUUAAUUGCAAUUAAUUCAUGAUGACAACAAAGUGUUAAGAUUGUUCUAUUUUGGUAGUUUUUCCUAAAUUGUGAAUAUAUUCAAGAAAGCUUUAAGCAAGUGAGGAAGGUUUCUUUGUUUAGGAGAAGGCAUUUUGUAUGUUGUACCACUAGAUGGCAAAAUAUAGUUGGCUUAAAGUGGAGGUUUUCUGGUUGAUGUAGAAAGAUGGGCACAUUCAUUGUAUUUGCAUUUAUAUCCAUAUCCAAUAAGACUAUUUUGACUAAACUGUUCUCAAAAAUGGGAUAAAUGGUUUAAUGCCUACAGUGUGUGAACUUUGGAAGGAUUGACGUGCAAAACGUGCAGAAGGUACUGAGAAGGUGGAGAGAGACAGAAAGAGAGAGAGGGAGACACACCAAUGACUGUUUUCUAGUCAUUGAGAGAGAGAGAGAGAAUAAAAUGGCUCAGAGGCUGUAUUUAAAUCCUGGUUAGAUGUUUUUGUUUUUAAACUACGCGUGCUUGUAAUGCAUGCUUAAAUACAGUAUUUCCUUUUUUUGUUUUGGUUUUUAACUGCGUAUAUUUGUAUUGCUCUGUUUUCAACUCUUUUUGUGAAACAUUCUUGUAAUUCUUUUUUUUCCACAUUAUCACAGAAGCAUGUCAAAAAUGCAGAAGAGUGUGGUUGCUUUGAGGGUCUUACUCAAUUCAGCCAUUGUUUGAUCUUAAAUGGGUCAGUGUUACAAAGGCAGCCUGUAUUUGAGCAGAGCUGAACUAUGAAAAGUCCAAAUGAAGGGCGUUGAUCCCAAAUUAACUUAAGACAUCACCACAGGUGAAGGCCCAGUACCUGGUGCCUGACAAUGGUGGUACAUUUCACUUAUGGAAGACCCUCAGUACUUUCAUUUUGUGGGAGCAGAGGCAUUGGGUCAAAGAGGCCACAGCUUGUACCAUAACAUUAGACCUUGUUUAUUCAACUACCGGCAACCAGUGCUCUGCAGUUGAUGCCAGAGUUGCAUUAAUUAGGUUUUUGGUACUCUGUCAGGCUGUCUGACUUGAAAUAAUGAAGUAAUAAAAACAGCCUCUUCUA